AUAAAAAAAUAGGAUGUACUCAAAAAUAUAAAACAUAACUUUAUUAUGUGUUACAAGACCUUUCAACGUUUUUUGUCAAGUAUUAUAAUUUUUUAAUCCAUUUCAACGAUAAUGAGUUUUUAUUAUGACUACAUAACAGCAUUUCGAGGCGUUGAACAAGCUUCGCUUCGUUCGGAUUGAGGUCGCUUCGAUAUACACCGCCAUCUUACGUCCACCGUGUCAACUUGUGUUGGAUAUGGUGCAGUAAUUUCGUGAAGAUUGUGACGAAAGCGAGUUAUCGAAAUAUAAACUUUUCUGUUUGUGUGAUUAUUGGGCAUCGAAUGCCGCGCUUAAAUGAGCAAUAAUAUGAGAAACUAAAUAGCAACAAUGUCUGACGUGAAGCAAGUGAAAGUUGAUAACUGGGGGAUAUAUUUCCUCCAGAGGUUGAAACACUUCUUUAAUCAAACGGACUACUGUGACCUGACGCUGCAAUUUCAAGAUAAUGCCCAGCUGAAAGUACACCGGCUUGUGCUUAGUGCUUGCACUGAGUACUUCGAGAUCCUAGAACGAACAUGUGAAAUGUACGAAGAUUGCCUGGUGAUGCCGGACGACCUGCAGGCCGACGUUGUGGUGCCUAUAGUGAACUUCAUGUACACUGGUCAUCUAGAAUUUAGAAUGGACUUGUUAGAGAGGUUAUACCAAACAUCUCAAAUUCUCAAUAUGCCUGUCCUUGGAAAACUUCUCGAGUCACAUCGCAAUUUGGCGCCGAAAGCUCCUACACCUGCACAUAGCUACAGUGUGAGAAGGUACACUAAAAACACUGAAUCUAAACCAAGUAAAUCAUCCACACCAUCUAAUGAAACUACUCAUAAACGCUCCUAUAGUAAGGCUUUUGAUAAUAAUGUGGUUUAUCGAGAGAAAAAGUCUUAUCAAUCUACCUCCAAAAGUGAAAGUAUGCUGAACAGUUCAUAUCAUAUACCUUCUCCAUCAGUGGACAUAGGAAGUGGAAGUUCAAGUCAGAAAGCACCUGUGGAUGAUUCUCGGCCAACAAGGUAUGAGAUUCCAGAAGAGCUUGAUUCAGAUAAUGUUUUUAAUAAUUCAUUCUGUAGUAUAUCAUACACUUCACAACCAUUGAUGGUACAUCCUGAAACAGUGAAACGAUACUCAUCGAAGAGAUCAGGAAUAUUCAAUGAUGAUUCAAGUUCUAAGAAAUUAAUUACUGGCAUGUCUACAGUUGAUAUUGUGGAGUGCAAAAGAAUUACUAAAGAUGAUGAUAUAUUUGAUGUUAGUGUACCCGAUCAUCACUUGAAUGAUGAAACAGAGAUGUUCCAGCCAACAUACAAUGAACCUGUUAAAGAUUCCAACCAGCUGUUUGAUCAGAUUCUCGACAAUAAUGAUAGUGGUCCUAAAGUAACCAUAGAAACCAAGGAUAGUAAGGCGGCAUCAAACUUAGACCAUGCAAGAAUAAUCAGUGAAGUCCUCAAAAAGUAUCCUCAUCUAGUUAAAAGUAACAAAAAUAUAAAACUUAAGAUUCUUGACCCCGCUCCUGGCAAAGGCAAGAAACAGCAGAAGCCAACUCCAAUUGUUGAUGAAAAACCAAUUAAAGUAAAGCAAAACUUAGAUCGUAAUGAACCAGACUACACUUAUGAAACUGAUGUACUUGAUUCAAAACAAGCUGCAAAACUUAUUGCUUUAGGCGCUGAAAAUAUCAAAGGUCCUUGGAUUUGCCUUAUCUGUGGCACCCCGGGGAAAGCUUUGCAUUUUUCUACUUAUUACAAAUUUCGUCGUCAUUUAGUAGAGGUUCACAAUGAAAAACCAGUUUCUAAUAUUUGUGAAUACUGUGGUCUCAAAUCAUUGAAGAGAAACUACUUGCUGCAUCACCUUUAUUCUCAGCAUGGUGUAGAACCACCACCUCAGUAUCACUUCCCUAAAUGUAAUCAAUGUAGUUAUAUUGCAUUAACUGAAGGUUUUCUUGUAAAACACAAAUUGACUCAUAAAGACAUCAGGAACUUCCGCUGUAAUGUUUGCCCUGCAACAUUUUACUCAUCAAAUCAACUUCUUACUCACAUUCAGAACACUGGACACAAGUAUAGUGCCGACAAGAAAACUAACAACCAGUGUAUUUACUGCCUCAAGGUGUUCUUGAGAGAAUCCAAUUUGUAUGCACAUAUUAAAACACAUCACAGGAAAGCAGCUAAGGUGGAUUGUAUUAUUGAAGACUCUGAUGAGGAGAAAACUGACAUAGUAACACCAAAAGUGAAAGGUAUCAAGUUUGAACCAAGCACCAGCUUUGACACUGAAUAUGAAGAAGUUGAUUUACAAUAUCCAGUCCAACAAAAACCUAUUGUUGAGACACCAGUUGUAACAAGAAAACAACAUAAGACUACCUCAGCUACCCCUAACUCUAACACAAGACAAAAGAUACUAAAUACUAGUUUUGACAGCCCAGCAAAACCAGCUGUGAAAGCAAAUGUAAAGCCCACUAAAAGUAGAGAGCCUGUGCACAAUGAUUUAUUCCAAGACAUCAAAGUUAACACUCAAGAGGAGGAAAUAGUUUUAAUAGACGAUAAUGAAUACAUAGUGAAAGAUCAUCAACUCAUUCCCAGAAAACAGAAAUCAGUAACUAAUGAUUACAUUUUAGCGGACAUUGUGCCAUCUACUGUACUGCAGCCUGUUCAACAAACAUCUGUACAGUACACAAAUGUGCAAAAUUCACACAUUGAAGAAAAUGCACCACAGCAAGCCAGUAUGGUUAUUAAGAAAACAGCAAACAUCAAUCAGCCCAUACAGAUUGUUGUAUCAAAUGAGGAAGAGUACAAAGCUUUAAUGGCUUCCAACCAUCCCAUCAUAUUUGAUAAUGGUGAUACCAACAAAACACUUACAGUAUUAACUGCACCCCACCAUGAACAAGUAGGAACGAGUACCAUAGACUUGGAUACCACCCAGUCAAGUGAAAUGAUGAUUAUUCCAGAAGAAUAUCCAUUAAAUGUCAAUGAAGCAGUUACGUCUGAGAAUUCCAAUAUUGUAGUUGUUUACAGCCAUCCAGUUGAUCAAAAUAAACAAUAUCAAAUUAUCACAACUGGAGGAAUUGGUACACAAUUUGUACAAUCUUCAGCCAUCAUAACACAAAAUUAUGAAACUGUAACUACCUCAACAGCACUGAUGAGUGCGCAUUGCUUAGGGACACCUGUUGAACAGACGUGGCAAAAUAAUGUUGAAGGUAUUGAAGGCCAACACAUUGAAAUGGCUUCAGAAACAGAAAUACGAACUAUACACAGUCAUGAUACACAAGUAGGAAAUAUUGCGUCUGUUCCAACUGAAGAUAAUAAUGCUGAUUUAGGAGGACUUCCAGAAAUUGAUCUAGCUCCUAAUGGACCAAAAUUACUAUGCACACAAGAAAUAACAACUAAUGUUACUCCAAGCCAAUCCGAUACUGUACAUUCUGACAAACCAGUAGAUCAACAGGUUAAAGAGAAAGCUCAAUACAUGCCUCAGGAAAAAAAGAAGAUUGAGAGAAGAAUCUCAACUAUAGAAACAUCAUGUGAAAACAUAAAUACUAGUAUACCAACUCAGCAAGAGCUUGUGGACACCCAAGUUCAAAUUCAAGAAACAUUAGUACCUGCUUUACCUUCUAAUAAUGAAGCCAUGAGUGUUGAAGAACAAAUAAUGGCAGCUGAAACUGUGAAUGAAUCUAUUGUAAUGACAGAAAAUGAGCCAACAACAACAGAAAGUCUAUUACAGGCUUUAACAAAUGAUGAUGAAGUAGUACCUACAGCAGCUGAAACUAUAGUAGCACCGAUGGAGACUGAUAGUGUGGAUCAGCAAGUGGUAGCAGUUAAUGAAGUUCAGCCUAUGGAGACUGAAAUACAGACAAUAGAAUCUGAGAUGCAGCACAUGGAAGAAGCAGAGAUAGAGACAAUUGAGACUGAGAUACAGACAAUAGAGACUGAAAUACAGCAGAUGGAAACUGAAACAGUGGAAGUACCAAUGGCAGCUGACACUGUAAUACAAGCACCUGUAGCUGAAAGGGAAGCGACUUCUGUUCACAACGAAAUUGUUCCAGAACAAGAUACCACUAUUAAUACUGGUACUGUUGUAGAAAGUACUGAUAAUGCACAAAUAGACAACAUUAGUAUAACAGAACACCAGCAAGAUAAUCAACAACCCAUUGAAUCACAAGCAUAUGAUGACAUUGUUGGAAUAACCCAGAGCAACAAUGUGGAUGCUACCUUUGCUAAAGCAGAAGAAAAAAUACAGCGCUUAACCUCGGAAUGGUCGGAAGAUGAGUAUGAUGUCGUUGAGAGGAAUACUAGUCAACCUGCUGAAAAACUCCCUGGCGAAGCCCUGCAGGAACAGGCUGUUUUGUCAGAACCUGAGAUAGAGGAAUCAAUAGAAAAUAUUCAAGAAGAAAUGAAAAAGCAAUUAGCUGCUGCUGCAGAAGCAACUGAUGUGGGGACAGAAGAAAGUGCUAGUUCUGUGCCUGAAGAAGACUCCUUAAGCCAAGAAUUGCAACUACCUCCAUAUAGUGAAUCCCCAGUUAAUAUAGUGCUACCUGAUCCACAAGCCCAACAGAAAAUAUCAUCGCUACUUAAUGAUUGGGAGGACAAUGAUUCUCAAGAAGAAAUUGCUGUUCAAGAGAAUGUGCAGCAAACUGACACUGACAGUGGGGAUGCUGCUAUUUGUUUACCAACUCCAGAAGAACCCAUACUGCCAAUAGUACCAAUUCCUAAUAAUGACAAUAUUAAAAGCUUAGUCAGUGACUGGGAUGAUGAUGAUGAAGAAAGUAAAGAUUAAACUUAUCAUUAAAUCAUGUUAAUUAAGUACUGUGACCAGAUAGUAGUGCAAUUAGUGUUAAUCUCAUUUUUCACAAAAUAUUUAAACAAUUAAAUGGUUAUACUUCCAUCUACCUACUUACAUUCUUUUGAAUGGUUUCAUAGGUAUUUAAUUACUUAGUUAUAAGUAGUACUGUUAGUUUUUUAAGAAUAUAGUUAUAUCAUGUAAAAAGCAAUGAAUUGUUUACAUGAUGAUGUGUAGGUAUUUAAUUAUUGUAACAUGACAUAAUAUCUGAUGUUUAAGAGAUAGUUAUUUUAUACACCAAUGAGCAUAGGGAAUGUUUUAUAUCAAUGCUUUGAAACUAUGCUGUAACAAUUUGUUAGGUGGCAAGGCCCCAUUUGUAACUGCUUUAGCUACCUUUUUCAUCCUAUGCAUAUGUAGUAUAUCUUUUUUUUUUAAGUUGUUUUAUUAUCAAAUAGGUAAUCCUUUAGACUGGCAAUAUGUUAUCUCCGAGAUGCUCUUGUGUGCUUGUCUCGUCAAUAGUUUUUUUUCUGUUACGCAAGAUGUAUUUCAUGUUAUAUUAUAAAACUAUACUAAACAGAUACGACUAUACGAGUAAAUAAAAAUUGUAAAAACUU